AAAAAAAAAGAAAAAAAGCAAGUUCAUAAAUAACAUUAUUAAUUAUCAUGCAUGUCCAGAACAAGGUCGCCAUUAUCACUGGUGCAUCCUCAGGUCUCGGUAAAGCCCUUGCGGAGCGCCUUUGCCAUGGUUAUCUCGGAGACAUUGACAAGAAUGAAGGUCUGCGCCUUGCUGGACGAAUUGAACCAUGCAAGGAGAAACCUGUAGCACAUUUUAUUCAAUGUGAUGUGACCAACUAUGCUCAACAGGCAGAGCUUUUUCAAGCAGCAUUCCAUCAUUUUUGGAAGUGUCGACAUUGUUCCGUGAUCGAGGGAACUCGUCUGGGUAUUGAGGCCCUUCAAAAACAACUCCAAAAGGAAGGCUCUAAAUUUGAAGGAGGGGUUAUCAUCAAUACGGCUUCUUUGGCUGGAUUGUAUCCUCAGCCCCGAACCCCUGUGUAUGCGGCUGCUAAAUUCGGAGUCAUCGGCUUCACUCGGUCGUUCAAACAAUUUAAGGAAAAGCGGAUUCGUGUCAUGCUCUUCGCACCAACAAAGAUCAUUGAACCUAUCAAGGAGGAUGUGAUGAAGAUGGGUCCUUUGGUCUCAGUUGAAAUGGUGACGGAUGCGUUCAUGUUGUUGAUUGAGGACGACUCAUGCAGAGGCGACAUUGCAAGGAUUACGCCCAGUAUGACUGUUGGUGGUGAUAAGAAGGCCAAGCUGUAGAAAAAACAUUAAAUGAUAUUGAAGAAUAAAGCAAUUUAGUCAAAAUGGCAAC